AUGGGCUUGCUUGCCAGUGAGGCAGGGCGGAGCGGGAGCGGGCAAAUUUGCACGACCGAACUGGCGGAGCUGGUGGCCAAGGCCAUAGCCACGGGCUCGCUGGUGGUUAAUGACCACCGACUGUCGUCGUCGCGGCCGGUGGUGGCCGAGUUGCUCUCGCUGCUGAAGCACAUUGACCUUGGGGCUCGCAGAGAGCGGGCGGGGCGCAAGCAUGAGCUCUUGGCGCCGCCUACGCCCAACGUGACGUCGAACCCGACGCCGACCGACUCGCCGGCGCCGGUGGCGGUGACGCGGCGGGCAAGGCUUGGAGCGGCAAAGCCAAGCUUGGGGCUGCCGGCGUCUGAGCCGACGUCGCCGGCGCCGCCUACAUCUGUGACGCAGCCGAGGCCGAUUUCGUCCGGGCGUGCGGGUGGACGCGGGGUGCGGCGUCCCAAGGCGCGACACGCGUCGUCUGGCGGGUCUGGCGGGUCUGGAGAGCAUGCUCGGCGUCGGUCGGACUCGGAUUAUGUGAGCAUGGCAGCGCGAGCCCGUUCGCGACUGGCGUUGGACAUGCUCUCAGUGGCCGCCGAGGCUGCAGCCGCUGAGGCUGCGGCAGCCGCUGCAGCAAACUCUGUGGCGCGGUCGCCUCUGAUGUCGCCGCGGCUCCUUGCGUCGUCGCCAGACUCUAUUUUCACGCCGACCGCGUGGUCUGUUGCGCCGACGUCGCCGACGACGCCGGUCGGGCCGUACACGCCGUCGCUGAGUGUCUCGCCGCGGAUGAGAAGCCCGCCGGGCGCGGCCGGGUGGAGCCCACCACGGUCGCCGUCGGGGCGACAGCAGGCAUCGUCGCCGUUCAAGGACCAGCCGCUGACGCCCGGCGAGAUCUCCGCGCUGGUGGCGCAAGUCCGGCUCUCGCGCAAGUUCAAGCUGCAGCCGAUCUGGCAAGCAGCUGCGAGUGGGAGGCUAGCGUCGCUGACACAUCUGGACCUGGCGCGCAACGACCUUGCGGUCCUGCCGCCAGCCAUCGGGCUCCUAGAUCAGCUUCGCGUUCUCAUUCUCACCGACAACUUGCUCAAGGUGCUGCCGGGCGAGAUGGCUGUUUUGGGCGAGCUGACCCGGAUCGACGUCUCGCACAACCAGCUGACGGGCGUGCCGGAGGUGCUCGCGUUGUGCCGCGAGCUCCGGGUCAUUGACCUCUCGUCCAACGCGAUUCUCGGCUUUGACGGGCUCAACGAGCCUGUGGCGCGGCGGCUGUCGUUCCAAGAGGCCGCAUGCGGUAGCACAGAGAACGAAGUGCACGGCUCGAUCUGCUCGCUGCCCAAGCUCGAGGUGCUCAAGCUGCAUGCUACCAAGCUGACGAGCUUGCCCGAGUUUGUGGGCGCGCUCGACGGUGUGCGGCAGCUCUCGCUGCAGUACGCCGGGCUAACGAGCUUGCCCGAGGCUGUGGCGUCGUGGUGCUCGCUCGAGUGCCUCAACCUCGAGGGCAACAAGCUCAACGCCCUGCCUGCAGGAGUGGGUGGCUGGCGCGGUCUCCGGUUUAUCUCGCUCGCGAACAACAAGCUACAGAAGCUGCCGGAGGAGGUGUCGGCAUGGGCGAGCGUGGAGGUUGUCAACCUGGCGAACAACGCGCUGACGACGCUUCCGCUCGGGCUUGGCGCGUGCUCGGUGCUAGUGGAGCUCAACGCGUCGGGCAACCGGUUGGCGCACUUUCCGGCAGAACUCUGCGCGCUGGGCGCACUGCAGGAGAUGAACCUCAACUCGAAUGUGCUGACGCGGCUUCCGGAGGAGCUAGGGCGACUCACUGGCCUGCACACGCUGCACGUGUCGGACAACAAGCUCCGCGAGCUGCCGCGAUCGAUCGGGGCGCUGACCGGGCUCAAGGUGCUGACGCUGCGGAACAACGUGCUGCGGACGCUGCCGUGCGAGAUUUCUGCGCUGGAGCGACUGGUCCAGCUUUCGCUCGACAACAACGCGCUGCGGGAGCUGCCAGAAGACAUCGGCUCUUUGCGGUCGCUGCAGGAGCUGUACGUCUCGAACAACUCGCUGAGCACGGUCCCGCUCUCGAUCGGCUCGCUCUCGUUCCUCAAGUACCUCUACCUCAACAACAACCAGGUGCGGAGCCUGCCGUCGUCACUGGGCCACUGCCGGGCACUGUCUCGGCUGGACUUGUACAGCAACCCGCUGAAGGCGACGCUGCGGGAGGUAUGGGUCAUGGGCGUCUCGUCGACGCUCGAGUACUUGCGCAAUCCGUCGAGCUACGACAUGCUGCGGCAGUACCAUUACGGGCGGAGCUAUGCGGAUCCGCCCAAGGUUGCGUUUACGGCGCUGGCCGGGGCGUCGUCACUCGAUCUCGACGCGCACGGAUACGUUGAUGCUGCAGGGGCAGCGGACGUGCGGCCGGCGUCGGCGUACGAGGCUCCAGCGGGCCUGUACGGCCCGGCAUCGGCGUCGGCUGUUCUUGGCGCAGAGGCGCCUGUGACGCCGUCGUCGCGGGCGUCGACGCCGACGUCGCCGCGCGAGCCCUGUUUUGCGCCGCAGGCGUUGUAUGAUGCCGAGUACGCCGAGGUGUACGUGGCGCAGCAGCGGUCGCGGGCGGCGAGCGAGGCGAGCGAGCGUGGCAGCGACGUCGGGUCGUGGUCGACAUCCGAGGUCGCCGACGACGACGGCGACGAUGUCGAAGACGGCGACGAUGAAGGCGAUGCCGACGACGACGGGCUAAGCGUGCCGUUCCAGCGGAUGUCGUUUGGGACUUGCGCGUACUCCAAGGCGGUGACUGGAGCGAUCCACGUGCUCGACGACGAGCACUCGGGCGGGCACACUGGAUCAUCAUCGGGCUCGAUGUCGGCAUCGCCGCCGUCGCUGCUGCCAGUGGCGGGCGGGCGGAGUGUGUGUGCAGUCUCGCAGCCGGGGCUUGGUGUGACGCCGUCGACGUCCCCGUCGACACCAUUUUUGAUGAUUCCACGCGGGCGGAGCGCAGCGAUGGCGGCGUCUGCGGCUGCGGCUGCUGCGGCGUCUGCGCCGUCGAUCUCGUCGUUCCUUCGGAUCCUGCCGCGCGACCGCGACGUGGCGUCGUCUGUGCCACUCGGCGGCGGGCCGUCGCGCGACUCGUUCUCGGGCGGGUCGUACCAGAGCAGCCCGUCGGCCGUAGACCCGUCACCGCAGAACCAGGCGGUGUCGGACAUGACGGGCCCGCUCUCCGAGUACGAGAUCGACCCGAACGACAUCGAGCUCGGGGUCAAGCUGGGCGAGGGCGCGUUUGGGGCUGUGUUCAAGGGCGACUGGAACGGGGUGACGGUGGCAGCCAAGGUGCUCAAGUACGACACGCUGCCGACGCGUGCGGUGAUUGCAGGCCUCCGGCGCGAGGUAGCGAUUCUUUCGAAGCUCCACCACCCGAACGUGGUCUCGCUCAUCGGCGCGUGCCUCCAGCCGCCAUUCCUCUGCAUCGUGACCGAGUUUAUCGGCGGCGGCUCGCUGUACUCGCUCCUGCACGUGGAGCACCAGCGGGUGUACCUCACGUGGCUGCUGCGGAUUGCGCUCGACGUGGCGCGCGGAAUGAGCUACCUCCACGGCUCGCAGCCCAAGAUCAUUCACCGCGACCUCUCGUCGCACAACAUCCUCAUCGCGUACCCGAUCUCGGGCGCCAACUUUACCGCCAAGAUCGCCGACUUUGGCCUUGCCUUUGUCAAGGAGUCGAAUGAGUCGAUCUGCGCCGGCGUGACCGGCAAGGUCCGCUGGAUCGCGCCGGAAGUCCUACUCAACCAAGAGUAUGACGAAAAGGCCGACGUGUACUCGUACGGCAUUGUGCUGUGGGAGAUCCUCACCUCGCAAAAGCCGUUUGCCGAAGUCCAGCCGACGUCGUCGAUCCCCGACGUGGUGGCGGGAGGCGGGCGGCCGGCGCUGCCCAAGGACGCGCCCGGCUUUCUCGCCAAGCUCAUCCGUGAGUGCUGGCACCGCGAGGCGGCGCGACGGCCGUCGUUUGACGACAUUGUCCGCCGGCUGACCAAAGCCGACCGGGCGUCGCGGCGCAAGUCGCUCGGCGAGCUGCUUGUCGACUACCUGUGAGAGGCGGGAGGCGUGGUAAAGUCCUUUAGUGAAUCA